AUGCCGCUGCUCACUCUCUUCCUCCCGCUCCCUUCUUUCCCGGUGUGUCGUCCCAGCCCGCGGCGCCGCCUCUCCCCCCGCUGUGCCUUACCAGACCGUGUCCUCUGGGCCGACAAUCUCACCAAGACGCACGACGGCCGUGUCUACCAGCUGCAGGAUGUCUCGCUCUCGCUCCCCGCGGGCGCCAAAGUCGCCAUCCUUGGAGCCAACGGCUCCGGAAAGUCCACGCUCCUCUCUAUCCUCGCGGGCCUGCAGCCGCCUGACAAGGGCUCCGUCGCCCUGCGAAAGGGCUCCUCGCUGGCCUUCGUCUCGCAAGAGCUCCCGCCCGAUUUGGACAUGUCCCAGUCCACCUUGAGCGCGGUCCUCACCCUCGCCGCGGCCUGCACCAACUCGGCAGACGUGCGCGCCGCGCUCAAGUACGCCCGCGCCUCCGCCCUCGUCGACAAGGCCGAGGCGGAGAAUGCCGCGCAGGCCGAGAUUGACGCCCUGCUGCAGAGAUUGGCGGAGGCCGCCGCCGGAAUGGAUGAGCGCCCGGCCGCAUGGGAGAUUGAGAGCUACUUGGCGACGGCCAUGCACCGCCUGCAGCUGCCGAAUAACACCCCCGUGAUGGAGCUGUCGGGCGGCCAGAAGAGGCGCGUGGCUAUCGCUGCGGCCCUAGUCUCAAGGCCAGAUGUUUUGCUGCUGGAUGAGGUCACCAACCAUUUGUCGAUUGAGGGGAUCCAGUUUUUGGAGGAGACUCUUCAGGAUCCGGCCUUGAGCGUGCUCUGUAUUUCACAUGACCGCUAUUUUGUGGAUCGCGUUUGCACCACUGCCAUUUGGGAGCUCGAUGACGGGCUCAAUCGCUACUCGCCCGGGUAUGAUGCGUUUUUGACGGAGAAGGCCGCCAUGAUAGAGGCGGAGCAGAAGGAGAUGCUCGACCUUGCCAAGGCCUUCCGCCGCGAGCUUGAAUGGAUGCGGAAGCAGCCCAAGGCACGAGCAACGAAGGCAAAAGCGAGGGAGGAGGGCUUUGAGAAGCUCCAGCAGGAGCUGCAAAGGAGGAAAAAUAAGAUUAAGGAGAACACACGCGUGAAGAAUUUGGCUUCAGCGACGGAGAGGCUGGGCAGCGAUGUCGUCCAGCUGGAAAACGUCACGUUAACAAGGGGCGGGAAGCUCGUGCUUGACGGCUUUAAUUACACAUUUGAACGAGGAGAGCGCAUCGGGAUUUGCGGAGGGAAUGGUGUCGGGAAGAGCUCGUUAAUUCGCGCGCUGUUGGGGAAGGUGCCACUGCAAGAAGGCACCAUUAACGUAGGAGAGACGGUUGUGUUUGGGCAUUUUGAUCAAGACGGAAUUGACUUGUUGGCACCCUUGUCCGCCGCCUCUGAGGCUUUGCUGGGCGGAAAGGGAACCGAUGAAAUUCGAGUGAUUGACUAUGUCAGCGAACUCGUUUCCUUGCAUGGGCAUAAUCCAGGGAAUGGGAAGAGCUCUGUGUCGAGGAAGGGGGCCUCUGGGAUAGGAGCGAAAGAUGAGGCAGUCGCUCAGCUUGAUGCCAAAAUCGCCUCUCUAAGCCAUAGCAUCGCACUUCCCUCGCCACCUACAAAAUCUGCUGGCGUCAGUAACCCGCUCACCAAGAUGUCACCUAUUACUAUGUUGGACCAUUUCGGCUUCAAGAGGCAACAACAACACAACUUUGUGUCUCAUCUUUCAGGAGGCGAAAAGAGAAGGCUCCAACUCAUGGCUCUACUGCUGAAGAAUCCCAACUUUCUUCUACUCGAUGAGGUGUCGAACGAUCUGGAUAUUAACACACUGACAAUGCUCGAGGAAUUGCUGCUAAGCUAUUCUGGUGUUCUAGUUUUGUGCUCUCAUGAUAGAUUCAUGCUUGAUCGUUUGGUUGACCAUUUACUGAUCCUAGAGGGCGACGGCAAGGUGAGUUUAGUGGAGGGAAAGUUUACGGAAUACCUCGACGCGAAAAGAGAAAUGGAACAGGAGGCCAAACAGAACCGAAAAGCGGUUGCUGUUGAAGAGCGGACGCAAGUGGCCGAGAGAACUGCCGCUGCAGCAGCACAGAGCAAGGGACGCACAAUGUCAUAUCAUGAAAAAAAGGAAUAUGCCUCCUUGGAAAAGGAAAUUGAGCAAUGCGAGGCGCGGUACGAGGAGCUUUCAGCAAAACUCGAGCAGGAGGCAACAAAUGCGGGAUAUAGCGACUUGGCAGAAUGGAGUGCCGAGCUUGCGAAAACAGAAAAAGAGAUUGAAUCAAAGACGGAGCGGUGGGUGGAACUAGCGGAGAUUGCAGGUGACUGAUGACAAUGCUCGAAGCGAAUGGCCCUUUUUGAAUUAACGUUUCGUCUCCAGUCUCAGUGACCCUGUGAUACUGGCAAAGGGUUGGGUAUUGUUGGAGUAAUUUGCACCGAAAGUUGUUCUUGUGGCGAACGAGACGUGAUUUCAAAAGAACUGCGGAAAGAUGAAAUUGAGUUUGUCGAGAAAUUAGGUCAGGAGAAGCUUGAGCCAUUGGGAUCGAGCGGAGCUUUCGCCCAUAUCGAAAAGGUAGUCCACGAGGGUGGAGGAAUCAAAAUUCAUCACAACGAGGCACAGAAGCACAGGAUUUUGCAGUGGAAGGCUUUUCCACGCGCCGAACGCACUCUGGUCUAGAGGUCAUCAUUUUGAAAGGGAUCUUGCGUUGCUGGGGUGGGGGUGGCAGUUCCUCCGCACUGCGCACGGGAGGAUAGUGAUAUUAGAGGCAGGAUCAAACAGUCCACUUCUGGGCGCACUCUUCCUUGAGAAUGCGCAUUUUGCCCAACGGCAGGAUAGUUGAUGUGUCUGCAACGAUACGUUCAACGAUGGUUUGAUCUUUGUCUCUAACAAUGAAAAUAAACUUGACGCAAAGGCGGCGGCCGGGAACACGCCUAUGUGUGGGAACAAGAUGCAAUGUGAAUCAUGGAAGCGCAAGUGAUUGUAAAUGCUUGUACCCACAGGUGAGGUCUUUCUGUAGUUGGUGCCUGUCUUGCUCUGAUAAUUUGCUCGCGGGAUGCAUUCUGUUCAUUUUAUCGACCCAUAAAGGUAGCCUCUCAUGGCAGUCAGAAUCGAAUCCAAUGGCACUGACUUCGAUGAGAAGUUUCAUGACUUUGAUGAGCGCUGGAAGGAGCAGCUCGCCUUCGGUCCUGUCGUUGUGGAUGAUUUGAAAAACAAUUAGAAAGGACUUUUGGCAUUGGAGAAUGAGCUCAUUGUGAUCCCGAGGGAUGCGUUCCAUGGUAGAAGUUGUGGCUAGAGGAAUGCCAUCGACAACCGGAAUACGGCCGUUGCCGGAAGUCGAAUCCAUAUCUGGUAUCUUCUCGGCCUUUGGCGGGGGCUGCGGAGGAGGACCGCACGAUUACUUUUGAGAGAAAGAGGGGGUGCGUGUACCGGGCGGGUUGAGGUCAGUGGGACAUGGGGGUUAGAAUGCAGUGCUGUUCCUUAUGUAGGAGUUGAGACGUGGUGGAGUGUGGGUGUGUAGGAUGAAUGGAGCCUGCGGGGCAAGACUGACGGGAAGUGCUAUAAUGGCAAGACGCAGCGAGAUGCACAGGGGUGUGGACCAAACAUCGCGAGCAGUUAGCGGGGCUGUGGAAUGCAGAGAAAAUUGGGUAGCUCGCUGCUGGAGUCUCCGCGAAGCAGUUUCAUGGCCGGACUGUGGUUGGCAGUUGAAUGAGAAUAUAGACGACAGACGGGACGAGCAGAAGGUCGUGGAAAGGGGCCGAGCUGCUGGACUCUCGGGCCAUGAGACGGGCGGGGACAUGAAGGGAGGCGGUCGCAAUGUGCGGAUGGUUACGUGCCGGCAGGGGCGGGGCGGAACGCCGGGGACGGUGGGUGUGGAAAGGUAGACGGGUAGGAUAUGCUGCAAAGCAACCGGGGCACGAGGUAACGGUGUCGGGGGCGGGAGACAUGUCGCGAGGUAAGGAAGAGACGAAGAAAUGAUUGGGGCAAUGUUAUACAUCGGUCGGUAAGUAGUUGUGCAGUUCGGUAGGUGGUGAAGAGCGGUGUAGUUUACGAAUACGUUUGAAAUUAUAUACACGUUUGUUGUUGA